GUGGCUGAUUUUGGUAAGAGGCCAUUUGAAGAUGUGGUACUGGAACACAAUCGGAAGGUGUUUGUUCCGAGCUGGUUCUCUGUCGAUUACAAAAGCGGGAUGCUACAAAUAACCCUCGAAGAAGGAGAUGUGUUUUCGGCGUGGUUGUCUGCGAAGGACGCUGGCGUUGAAGACUCGGACAACAAAAUCAACUAUGGUGGAAUGAUGCUUCGCUCACUUUUCGAACACUACCAACACUGCGAAAUGGGUGCUGAGGGAUCAGAAACAGCACUCGCAACCGCUGGCUACAUCUCUGUUCCAGGCCACACGCCAAUCAUAUUGUCGGAAGUUAACGGGCGCACCGUUCUGCGGCUGCUGGUACGUGACGCUGCUAAUGAGGCUGAGUCAGCUUGCUUAGCAAAGGAUUUACCAGAAUGGAUAACCGCAGUCGUCGAAAGAAGCAUGCUGCCAAAAUUCACGAAAAUGCCCUUCUAUUUGCUGCCACACGCCAGUUUGAAUGUAAAGACUCCGAAA